AUGUUAUUUGGGGCAUGAUACAAGUUGAAUAUGUAUGAAUCAUGGAAGUAUGUUUUACUUUCAAGUAUUAAAAAGGCAUGUAUUUAAUAAGCAAGGUUUUGAGAAAUCCAAUUCGUAAUCGUAGCACUUGCUCAUUCCUAACCCUAAUUAAAGUUUUCUUUCUUUUGCAUUUCCGAUCGAUUCUGAUUGUUUCUUCAUCUUUCUCUACCAAAUUUAACCCUAAACGGUUCUGCAGGAAUCAACUCUCACCAUGGUGCAAACAAGAUCAUCAUCUAAGAAGAAUACAACUAAUACCAAUGUUGAGGUGAAUCGGGAUGUUGCUGAGGCAUCAAACAAGAACACCAUGAAUCAGAAGAAAAGGAAGACGACUGCUGAGAAUUCCAUCUUGAAGCCAAUUGAAGCAAGCAAGAAAACAACUAAGAAAGUAGUAAAUGCUCAGGAUGCUGGGACAUCCAAAAAUUCCAAGUCGAAGUCUGUUGUGGAUCCAUAUGAAGGCAAAGUAAUUUUGAGAAAAACAACAAAGGCGGAUAUUGCUCUAGAUGUGUACAUGAAGGAGUAUUAUAACGAGUACAUUAAGAAUCAUCCUGGUGAAACAAAGCUACCUAGAGAGGAAAUUUCGGCGGGACAAAAAAAGUUUCGUGAACUGGUGAAGACGACAAAUUAUUACAUUGUUAAGAAGUGUCUUAAGAAGCUCAAGGAUGAUGAAGCUGCAAGGAUGCUAGAAAUCAGCGAUCUGUAAUUGCACACUUUUUGGUCUCUUUUGCUGCUGCUACAAUGGGCUUGUAGUUUGGGUUUGUAAUGACUUUCUGCGUGCGCGGAUUAUAAUGAUGUGACAAUCUCUUUAAUUUUAAAAUAGCCCAGCUCUGAAUUGAAGGCUUUUGAACUUUGAAUACUGUAUGGUGCUAAUAUGACUUAUUGUUCUUUGUUUUUGGCUGGUGGAUUUAUGUAUUUGGAAGUAAAAUAUGGGUAUUUGAGAGGUCUUCUAUAUAUGAAAUGGGAGUUUCUUGGAGACCAGUUUCGAA